CCUGAAAGAACGGUCCUUUCUCCUCUGGCGGCAGAACUGGAUUUGCUCCCAGUUUUUUUUAAGGCUGCACGUACACCGCUCCUCUGCAGCCCUGAAGCAGACAGCCUGGUUCCUCGGACGUCAUAUGAUAAGGCUGGAGCAGAGCCAGCAGGGCCCCCGUUUGGAGAGGAGGACCCAUAUCUCCGUCAACGCGCGCAGCCAGGGCCCCCUUUAUCUCUACAAGGCAGGGAGGCGUAUCCUUUUCCCCUCUCCCACUCCCCUCCACAUACCACUCUGACUCUCCCUCUCACCCGUGCACUAACUACACACCAACCUGCUUCAGACGACGCCCCGACGCCCAGGAGAUUUCCACGCAGGGCGAGCCCGUCGUGCGUCUUUUCUCGCCAUCCAUCGGGGUCUUAUCGUUAUUGCCAUUACUGUGCGCGCUCGGGCUGCCCGUGGCAUCACCUCAGCAAUAACAGAAAGGGUGCCAGCCACAAGAAGAAGAAGAGGAGGAGGAGGAGGAAGAGGAGGAGGAGGAGAGGAAAGGGGGGUGUUAGAGUAUUCGGCUCAGAAAUAAACAAGAAGACACCCUGUUUGGAAGACGUCCGUGGCGGGAAAGGGAUCUGCAACUGAGAUGGCUGAGGUGUCACAAGAGGAGAGACUCCAGGCCAUCGCUGAGAAAAGGAAGAAGCAGACAGAGAUUGAAAACAAGAGGAGGCAGCUGGAUGAUGACCGACGGCAACUCCAGCAUCUCAAGUCGAAGGCACUGAGGGAGCGCUGGUUGUUAGAUGGAGCUCCAGCAGAGGAGGAGACUCAGAAGCGUCUGCAUGAGGACGAGGUGAAGACCAAGCUCCUGGAGCAGGUUAUCCUCAGGCUGGAGCAAGAGAUAGAAGAACUGGAGACAGACGCUCCAGCCAAAAAGGGUGUGGCCAAAGAAAAUGGAGGCGAGAACGGAGUAGUGCAGAGCUCCGGUCAGACCCCCAAGAGAGAGGUGACAGGGAUUGAGGCCAAGCUGCUGGGUCCCAGUCCUGACCAAGCCAGCGCGGACAACCCCGUCACCCUGGUGUUCAUGGGCUACAAGACCGUGGAGGAGGAGCAGGAGAGCCGCACGGCUUUGGGAAUGGAAGGGGUGGAUGGCAACGUGAAGGCCGAGUUUGUUGUCAUCGAGGAUGGGGAGGGGAAAGCGGGAGGGGAGGCCGCCACAGAAGAGCAGGCUCCACCCAACGGGAGCAUGGCGGAGAAAGAAAAGGCCAACGGAGGCGGGGAGGAAGGGGAGAAGGAGGAGGAGGAGAAGAAACAGACCUGCAAGUGCUGCACGGUCAUGUGAGCUAUGUGUGUGUGCAUAUGUGUGUGUGGGUGUGUGUGUGUGGGGGGGAGUGCACACCUGCACCUGUGCAGGCAUGUGUGCCCUUUGCAUGUGUCUGUAAUUGCAGAUGUGUGUAACUUUGUGUCUGUGUGGGAGAGCGCGCGCGUGUGUGUGUGUGUGUGUUUGUGUCGGGACUGGAGAAAAAAGAAAACAAAAAAACGAAGUACAGUCACACAGCCAAUAUACCAACAAUGAGAGCCAAAUACAAGCUCCAGCUACAACAACAAGAACCACAAAGACUCAUAAGUACACUUUUCUCUGUAUACUUUCUCUGAUAUGUAUUUGACUUUUGAUUUCUAUUGAUAUUUUUCUAUUUUUCUGUCUUGACAUUUAUAUUGUAUUCAGUAUGUAUAUCUUUAUUAUGGGACUGUGUACUGUAAGUUCAUUGUUAUUAUUGUUGGAAAAAAAGAAAAAUGUAUUAGCUCUCUGGAUUGUACUGCUACCCACUGGGGGGAAAUCUGGAAACUUUAAAAUCAUUUAACAGCAAACUAUGAAGGACACAGAUACUUAAAUAUAUAUAUUUCUCUGUGUAGGCCUACCAAUUAUUUAUCAGUCAAUUUCAUAUUGCAAUAUUGUCUAAGAUAUUAUUUUAAAUAGUAUUUUAAUAUAUUGAUAUGAAAUUAUGUUUUAUACAAUGUAUUUAUUGUUUUGGGUUCUCUAUAUCAUCUCCAACCAUUAACUGCAUGUAAGCUUGUAAGCACUACCAGAUUCGCGUUACAAUCAUUAACAAGUGUCUGUGCUUUCUUAGACUCAUAUGUGCUCAUAUCUUUAGUCACCUAUCAGUAACAGUUGUUAUAAGUGGCAGCGUUAGAGAUGUGCAUUCAAAAGAAACCUACAGCACGGAGACAAGAGGCCAAUUAGAGCAGUGACCAUAUCGCAAACCGCACUAGCUUCUCAUAGAUACUAUAUGUGACGCACGUACAUGAAGAUCACAGCUUUUUGUAUUUUUUAAAUAAGGACAGAUACACUUGCUUUACAAUCAACAGAGUCACGAUGAAACCAUCGCGCGACGAUUAGAGGCGCUUCAACGAUUUUGUUCUCUCAACAGUAGGAAUCAAUGUAAAUCUUAUGAGGUAGCACUGCAUGAAGCCUUGCAACUGUUUUGACUGUCUUGUCACUUGUUAGGUCUUAAUUAUACGCUAUCACGUUCACAUGAAUGUAAAAAUCCAGGGGUUAAAUUGGGAUUAGUUCUACCAUAAUAAAAAGAGGCGGGCUCAGCUCAAACAAAAAAAAAAAGAAAGAAAAAGAAGAAGCUUUUUUGUCUCUUUAUGAACCAAAUAAAAGUCUGAUGAUGCUGUAAUUUCA